AUCCACUCACUAUCAACGCUUUGAAGUUUGAAGUCCGAACAUGCCAUUGCAGUUGCCCAGAUCGAUCAUCCUGGCAUAAAAAUAAGUCGACGAUGGACUCCGAUCUCUCACUCUUGGAGAUCGCUGUUGAAGACGAAUCUCUGCUACAGAUUCCCGGGGACGAUUCUGGUUUUAACACCACCUCCACCAUUUUCUCUUGCUCUCCUCUUCAUUGUCACAGAUCCCUUCCUGCUCUUGCCUCUCAAACUGAGGGUAGAGUUGGUGCAGUGGGUUUCCAAAAGCUUAGCUGCCCAGCCAAAGACAGCAUAAACAAAGAAAACAUAAAUGGAAAUAAGUCCGAAUCACCAAAACUUAAUGUGGAGCCCCAGCAGAUGAAGAGGAAGAAGAAAGGGGGUGGAUACAAUUUGCGGAAAAGCUUGGCAUGGAAUCAAGCAUUCUUUACUGAAGAAGGUGUUUUGAACCCUUUGGAGCUGUCUAUGAUUAGCGGCAAUCGCAGUACGGCUAACAAUGAGUUGACGAUGAUCGAUGAAGAAGAAAAUGCAUUAGUGGGUGACGAAGACAUCGCUGGCGCUUCAUCAGUGCCACAAGACAUUGAGGAAAAUUUAUUUAAGCCGUUGCCAGAAGAGAGGAAGAUUGGCGCUUCCUUAUCAAUAUCAUCGGUUUCCGAUGCAUUAACCAAAGAUAUGUCUGCCUCUGUAUCCUUGGCGAAGCGGAAGGUGCUUGCUGUCAAUAAUAUCAAUAGAAACAGGUCUAAACGCGACGCCUGUCCCGGGCCAAUUGCUUCAUCUUCGCGGAAAAGACAUGACACGUCGAAAGCACGAAGAAAAGAAUCAAAAGUUUCCAAAAUACCAGUUUUAAAAACCCAUGUUCCUGUCCUUGCAACAACGGCAAGAAGUGGAGCAUUGAGUACAGUUUGCUCGAAAAGAAAUGAACACGAUCGUCCGGCUGCUUAUGUUCAUAAGAAUGCUGUCGUAAAAGGUCCGACAAAAAACCCAAAAAGUGUGCCUACUGAUGCAAAGUUUGAUGAUGCUGACAAAUCUUCAGUUAGUAGGACUAGCAAACGACAGGCUGGAAAAGAUAUUAAUGACUCAGUCUCAAAAUCACAUCCACCGCCUAGAUUACAGUAUCAUCCGGUAUCUGAAGCAAGGAAAGGCUCUGAACUCCAUCCUUCAGUACGUGUUUGCAAUACCGGAGACAAAAAGAAACCAACACAAUUUCAAACAGCAAGACCAUCAGGCCUACGGAUGCCAUCUCCCUCCCUGGGAUUCUUCUCUCAGCAAAAAGCCUCUAGUUCACACAGCAUAUUCCAUAAAAGCUCUAAACCUUGCAAACCUGAUGAGAGUAACAUCCCUAAAUUAAAGAAAGUUGAGACAGAUUGUGUUAAUGAAGCAAGGGGUUUGCGUCCUACGGACAAAAGCACUGAAAUGGUCAAGGGUGAAAGAAAGAACUGCACUCCAAAGUCAGGCAUUAUGGAUGUGACGUCGGGACCAAGCCUGCAGGUAGAAAAUAAUCAUAGAACAGAUGUGCAAUGUUAUUUCUUAGGUUCUGAAGAAAUAACAGAGCAAGGAAAGGUUGAAAGAAUUCCUGAGCAUGUGAACAACAAACCUUGUAAGAAUGAGAACGUUCUAUUCAUGGAGAACACGGAAUUCCACACCAAUGAUAAGAAUCUUCUUUUAGGGAGUGAUAUGGAUGAUCAUUUGAAGACUAAGGUUGAUGAGGAUCAAUUCAAAGAACCGCGGUCUAUGUGCUAUUCUAGUAUACAAGGAACUUCCACAUGGAGAGAUGACUUGUCAACACAUAAUGCAAUAGAACAUGAGGUAGAUGUGCAGAUGAAGCCUCUCGGGUGCGAUGCUCAGAUCUCUAAUGAAGGUUUGGUGCCACAAGGAGAAAAUGGCUCUUCAUCAAAAGAUAGUAGGCACUCUGGAGAUUUAAAGGACUACUGUUGUAUGAAGAUUGCAAGGGUAAAUUCAAGUCUUGGAGAUUCUAGUGAAGCAGUAUUGGAUGUAUCUCUCAAACGAAUUCCCUGUAAAAGCACUGAAGGGGUAAAAGAUGGUGUUGGUGACCUUGAUAAACAUGGAGUAGAUACGCAAGUUCAUUUAUUAAAUGCAAACCUAUCAUCUCAUUGCAGUGACUCCAGUCAACUUAUUCCGGAGGCCGCAAACCAACAAUUUCAGUAUUUUCAUAGUUUGGGUGGAGGUUACGAGGAACAGUCUGAGACUAUGAAUUCAAGGAUUGAAGGAGAAAUUAAUUCAGGAAGUGAAUGCGAGUCUCAUGUGAAUGGUCGCUUGGUUCUUGCAACAGCCUCAUCGUCUCAAGAGUCUCCUAAAAGGCAUUUACUAGAAGUUAUUGGUGCCUGUGGAACUGUAUCCAAAAUAGCAAAAAUGGAAGACUGCAAGCACACAAGGGAUGUUCAGUCAGGUUCUGUCUAUAGAAGAUCAAUUGAUAAUGAAUAUCACCAGCUUAUUGACGCAAAAUUUAUUAAGGACAUUUCUUCUAGGGGUAUUUCAUUGCAUUAUGAUUUGUCAAUUUCCCAGCAUGAUGUCCUUGAAGACAUGGACCAAAAAGCUAGGAUGAUAACAUUUUCUAAAACAAAUUACACGCUAUGCGAAAAUGAGAGUUCAGUGGCAAAUCACAGCCUCUUGCUUGAUGAAAGCAAUUCCAUUGAAGCGUCUGCAAAUAUCAAUUCAGGUACCAAAGAUUUUCUUAAAGAAGCAGAAACUGCUUCUGGCCCCCACGAAUAUAAGCUAUUGGCGCAAACAGCCACAGAAUCAGAUGACGCGAAGAGACAAAUUGAGAAUUUACAUGUGAAAGAUACAUCAGUGACGUCCUUUGAUGAAAAUACUGUGACACGCGGCUGCAGUAAUAACUCUGGCACUUCACUAGGCAAACAUCAGUUUCCACUGGUGGUUGAAAGCAUAAACAAAGAAUCACCUCCUGAGCUUGAAAGGACUGGCCUUGUAGCAGAUGUUGAUUUUUUAUAUCCUAAAUCGGAUGGUGAUUUGUUGCCUGCGAACAACGCUUGUUCUGAAGAAAUCAAGAGUGAAAUUUUAUUCGAUGGCUUGUUAGAACAGUGCAAUAACAAUGCAACUGAGGAUAUUAUUUCCAAACAUCAUAUUCAAGCUGCAUCUAAGAUUAAAGAUGGAAGUCUUGACCGGGAUGAAAGGACAAAGCAUUCACAAAUGGACGGUGCAGAUCAAGUUACUGCUGCAAUUGUUGAGGUUGACCCUAAUCAUAUAUUUAACGAAUCUAAUGUAGUUGGUUCUACACAAGGGUAUGAAGGUCGGAUUGUUGAUUGGAAAUGCAAUGAGCGUUGUUCAUUAAGCGUAGGUUUGAAGUCACAAGUUGCAGAUAAUUUGAUAUCCUAUAGACAAAUUCCAAAGAGCAGCGAAGCCGGUUCGUUGAAGAGGAAAAGUUUGUCAGAAGAAGCUGAAAGCAGUGUCCCUGCGAAAGAUGAAAUUUCUGAUGCCAAUGUUCGGAGUCAGAUUGCAGAAGACAGCGGCGAAAUAUUUCAUCUCAAGAAAUCCGGAAACAAAAGGAAGCAGAAUGUCCCUACAGUGAUUCCUCCUCCAAAUGCUACUCCGUUUUCUGAUGAGUGGUUGGCUGUGAUGGAAGCUGCUGGAGAGGGAAUUUUAACAAUGAAAGGUGGCGCUGUACAAAAUUCUCCCACUGACAAGCCUCAGCAUGAACCAGGUCCAUGGUCCCCGGUAAGACGUAAAAAUCAAGCAAUCGGACCAUAUGAUUGCACCAAAUACGCCAAUAUGAAUAUCCCCCAUUCCUGUCAAUAGUAACUGCUGGAAUAUGAUCCUUAUAUUCUUGAACUGACCAUUGAAACUUUCAUUUUUAUUUUAACUUUUUUGAGCCAUUUAAACGUUGUAGAAGGCGCUGAACGACUAUGGAGCACAGAACUGAGUGCUUCGCAGAUGCAAUUGCCAAUUUCCACUAGUAUGACUUGCUCUGGAUAAGCUCAAGAGGAAAAAUAAAUGUUGGAGGUUGAAUAUUAUUCAAUUUGUAAAUUGUGUACGAUAUACAAUGAUUUUUAAAGUACUUGUUUUUCUUGGUACAAUUCUUUUUAUUCUUUACGUUGCUAUUCACCACAAUUUGUGAGAUAGUAUCAUAUUCCAAGUUAAUCAGCAUCUUUUUUGUAGAUUGCUAUUUAAAUGUCAAAUGACUUCAAUU